AUGGAUCAUUUGACGAUGGACCAUGCCAAAUUCAUAAGGCUCUUAAACAAUGAGAGUGAAGGCCAGCCACUCUCAGGGGAUGAUGUCUACAACAUCCUUUACACAAUAACGGCUAAAAAUAUGAGAAAGCACAAAGAUCCAAUCAUUUCGGCACACCUUUGGAUGGAGGAAUUUAGAAGGCAAGACUUCUUUACCUAUAAUGAUCAGGAGCAUAACCUCUAUUACGGAUUUUCGUCACCACGGCAGUUGCAAGAACUAAGAAAAUGGGGUGAUACAUUCCGUUUCGAUGGCACACAUCAAGCAAGCGGGACUUUUCGAAUUGGAAGGAUGACGCCUGGAGCGAAGCAAGAGCUGGCGGCCAAAAUCAAGGUCUUGGACUAUAUUGCGGGCAAGCGGUCAGAGAACCCUGAGGCUGUUCUCAUGUCUCUGACAGCAAGCGACAGGUCUUCAGUGUAA